AUGACUUCCAGGACGGCUCUCUUCGCAGCGUCUCUGCUCGCUCUUGCAGGAGGUACUUCAGCAGCAUCAUGUAACGCCAAGGACUUGAAGAAGUCCAUACCCCAGAUCUUCGGCGUGAAGAUUCUGGAUGUCAAGGCGAACGAGGUCGAACAGUGGAAUGACYAUGCUACUUCUGCACCAAGCGUUCCGUUCCUCCCAGUGGCACCAAAACCCAUCGACUUCUGCAACGUAUAUGUGGAGUACACUCAUCCAGGACUCAACGAUACCAUCGGCGUUAACGUCUGGCUUCCUUUGAAGGAUGAGGACUGGAAUGGACGUUUCCUUGGUCAAGGUGGUGGCGGUUGGGCUGCUGGAAACCCCGGUGCUCUCGCUGGUGGUGUAGCCCUGGGGUAUGCCACUGCAGAUACCGACGCCGGCCACAAUAUCUACGGACCUCCGACGGAAACUGCAUUAGAUUCUAGUAGCUGGGCCUUGACCAGUCCCGGCAACGUAAACUUGCAUGAACUACAGAAUUUUGGGUACCGAUCCUUGGAGGACUUGACUUUGAUCGCCAAAUCGGUCACCAAAACCUACUACAAGAAGGACAUUGCGUACUCCUACUGGCAGGGAUGCAGCACUGGUGGUCGUCAAGGUCUUACUCUUGCUCAGAGAUACCCAGACCUAUAUCAAGGUGUCCUCGCUGCGGCUCCAGCCAUCAACUGGGUGACUUUCUUGAUUACCGAGUACUAUGCCCACGUGGAGAUGAAGAAGUUAAACUACUACCCAGCCGCGUGCGAGCUCGAGGCCAUCACUGCUGCUGCGAUCAACGAAUGUGAUGGACUUGAUGGAGUUCGAGACGGAAUGAUCGCUGCGCACGGGCAGUGCAAAUUUGACCCCCUUUCGAUCGUUGGACAUGAAUUCAACUGCCACGGCGAGACUCGCAAGAUCACCAAGGACGCGGCUCAAAUCGCUUCUGUUCUGUGGACAGGACCCAUUAAAGAUGGCAAGCCUGUGUGGUAUGGUCUGGCCCCUGACGCCGCCCUCGCCGGUCUUGAUCCAAUGUUCAAAGGUCUCGCACGCACACAGUGCGAUGACAAGAACAAGAACUGCAAGAGUGAUCCCUUCCCAAUCAGCGCAGAUUGGAUUCGUCAUUUUAUCCUCAAAGACUCCGACGCGGAUAUCAGUACCAUCGAUGAGGAGAAAUUCUACGACAUCUUGCGUAUCUCCCACCAGCAGUAUCACUCAAUCAUGGACUCCGCCCUGCCUGAUCUGAGACCUUAUCAAAAGGCUGGAGGGAAAAUCAUCACCUGGCACGGUCUAGCGGAUCAAUUGAUCCCUCCAAACGGCACAAUUGACUACUACAAGCGCGUCGAAGCCAUUACUCCAAAUAUCAGAGACUACUUCCGCCACUUCGAGACUCCAGGCGUAGCUCACUGUUUUGGAGGCCCGGGCCCCUUUCCCUUGACCGCUUUCCUCAGCCUGGUCGAUUGGGUCGAGAAGGGCAAGGCUCCUGAGCAAUUGCAGGCUGUGAGCAUACCAUCCCCAGACGGUACGCCGCCAGCGGUGCAGACUACUCGGCCUCUGUGUCCAUACCCGCAAGUCGCUUCUUACAAGGGAGGAGACAUCAACGAUGCUGCGUCCUUUGAAUGUGCGGACAGCUUUGGACCUAUUGCGUCUUCAACACACGAUGAGCUAUGA